AUGAGUGAUGCGUAUGACGUAGCCCUCUACACGGCCAAAUCAGGACGUCUCCGCCUCAAAGGCGACAAACCCUCGAGGUCGGAAAGCCGCAAGCGGAAGAAGGAGGCGGCGGACGCGGCCGAGGAGGAGCGCAAGCAGCAGGAGGACGAGCGUAAGGCCAAGGAGAAGGAGGACGACGACCGGGAGCAGCGGGAGCUGAAGCGUCGGGAGGGCGGUGGGGAAGGCGACGACGACGAAGAUGGCGACGAGCAGCCGCCCAAGCUGCCGCGGAUCGAGGAGGCCAAGACGCCCGCCGAGCGGCGCUUCGAGGAGAUGCAGAGGCGGCGCGAGGAGCAGGAGGCCAAGAAGCUCAGCAUCCGGUCCCACAGAGAACGCGUCGACGAAUUCAACAGCAGACUCGACAGGCUGCCCACCCACUUCGACAUCCCCAAGGUCGGCCCUGGCUAA